UAUAAAGGGCGCCUGAGCGUUAGCAUUCAGUAUCGGAGCUGCUCUCAACGUUGGACUUAGGAAAGAAACGAGGGCAAAUAUCACUGACUACAAACCACGCGUUAACGCUUGAAUCCGACUCGUUUAUAUAGCAGCGGAGAUUUGCACGACAAUGACUAGGUUCCUUCUGAUCGUGGUCACGGCCGUCGGUGUGCAGUUGUAUUCGGCGGGCCUCACACACACAGGCUGUGUCUCACACUGUCACCCAAACAGCCACUGUCACUCACACUGUGACCCACACAAAAGCGCCCCACGCCAGCGACGACAGGCGUCGAAACUCCACAAUCUGCCACAGGACUUUCUCGACAAGUUAUCGGAUGCUGGAACAAACGCUCUGAAGAGCAAGUACUUGGAGGCGGCAAAACUCGUGAAGGCACAGAAGACCGCUGUCGAAGCAGAAGAGCCCAAAUGUAAAGCCGCCGCCGAGAAGGCAACGGCAGCAUUAAAAGAGAUGAAUGAUGAAUUCAUCCAGACUCAGUGUGGGCCGUGCAUACAGGAAAAGUGUUCUGCAUUCACUAAGCAAUGUGAUUUGGGCGACCUAGAUAAAUUUUCGGACAUUGGCGAUUCGUUCACUGACGUUUUUGACUUUGAUAUUGGUGACACGCUUGGAGACAUUGGCGGUGGCAUCGCUGACUUCGGCGGAGACAUAGGACGCGGGCUUGGAGAUGUUGGCAGUAACGUCGGGGAUUUCUUUGGAGGACUCUUUGGGAAACGUCGUCGUCGCAGACAAGCAACUGUACAGAACCUUCCAAGUCCAACCUGCGAUAGUGUAGCCGACAAUGAAGAAAGAAAGACAUCUUGCCUAUAUUACGCCAAUGAAUGCCCAUGUGUUUCUCCAUACACGCAGAUUGAUAUUGAAUCAGUGUGUCCAGCAUACAGUAGCGCGAAGGCCGCUUACACUGAUCUGUAUGAAAAUAACAAGUGGAUACUGAGCAUACCAACAGGACAACUGUCCAUGGUUUUCUCAUCGGCUACAGUUGAUGCUGCCAAGAAAGUACGUGAUAACGUCUACAUGACUACGUUUAACGUCGUCGUCACUACCGGUCGCUCAAGUGCCACCUUCGGAAUGGAGCUUGGUCUGACGAAGGAAACACUGCCAGCGACCCUGCCCGCGAUUCUUAUGAGAGCCAUCGACACACUUCGUACCUAGACGCCGCGGACACUCCGUACAUUGUACACGCGCACACUCCGCACGCAGUGCAUGCACGCACUCCGUACGUAGUGCAUGCACGCACUCCGUACAUUGUACACGCGCACACUCCG